AUGAGAGGAGGGCCUGUGGGAGAGCGGCAACGACGCUCUCACAAGAAGUCGAGGGCAGGUUGUGAGGAUUGCAAGAAACGGCACUAUAAGUGCGAUGAAGCGAAGCCCUCAUGUGGUGGAUGUACCAAGAGGAAGGUCGAGUGCAGCUUCAUAAUAGCUCAGAGCCCUGCUUCGGAUGUGUCUGUCAACACCAAGGUGUUCAAUGCCAUCUCACACAAUAUUACAGAUCACAAUAAAGACCCAGUCUCACCGUUGCCCAUGGCGGAUCUUGAAAUCUAUCACCAGGGAUUGACAAGUACUCAGUAUUCCAUUACGCCGGACUCAAAGCCAAGCAAGGAAGAAAGUGGACUCUCUCUUCGGUUUCCAUAUCUGAUGCAUUCAAACCUAGCAUUAGCAGCGCUACACCUAUAUUCUGAACAGCCUCAUCGACCAGAGCUACUUUCUAGAGCAGCUGCUCAUCAACACGCUGCAUUGUCUCAAGUACGGCCUCAUAUAAUCGACGUAACGGCCGAACACAGUCAAGCAAUACUAGGUUUUGCUGCCACCACUUCUAUAUUCGCACUUGCUGAACCUGCAUACGACCCACGAGGUCUUGGCUUAGUCCGCGAUCCUGUCGAUGAACUGCUCAAUUCCUUCCAUCUUGGCAUAGGAAUCAAAACCAUCCUCAAGCAAAAAUGGGAUGUGCUCCAGCACAAAGAAAGUAUUCAANAGGUUACCGUGCAGCUUCCAGACUACACUGCACUCAAGGCUACACUAGAGGAUAGAUACCAUGUAUACCCGACCUUGCGCAACGUCGUUGCACAGAACUGUCAAGAUGACGAGGCGAUCGCUUGCCUGGCCGCUGUCGAAACUCUGUUCUUCUACAUGGCCAUCUUGGAGACAAACCAGCAUGAUAAUCCAGGACCGAUGUAUAUCCAGAUGUGGCCUUUGAACGUCGGCACACUCUUUCUCAACAUGCUUGCGGACCGACAUUCUGUUGCUCUCCUUGUGUUGGCUUAUUAUGCCGCGCUCAUGAGACUGAGAUCCAACACUUGGUGGCUGGAACGAUGGCCAUCAGCUAUCCUUCACCACGUCGCUUCGAUUCUGGAUCCUGCGCUGGCUGUACACCUUGACUGGCCCAGAUUGAAGAUUCUCCAGCUGGAUCAGGCAUUUCCCUCGCCUUUAGAAUUGAAUGCUACCUGA